AACAAAAAUUCGAUAGAUAUGAAAAAACUCGAUUUGGAAUUAGAAAACAUGAUUGAAGAAGAAAGGCGCUAUUGGGAAAAAAAUGACGCGAAACUACGGGCUGUCGAACAAAGGGUUGGAAGCUACGAAGAGUUUAGGCAAAUGGUGCUGGGCGCACAUCUCCGCCCCCUUGACAAAAAAGAAAACAUUAGUGAAAUUAAACAAGAAGGGUGCAAAUGGAAUUUACUUUCUUGCACACGCUCAAAGACUGGAAAUUCCGGCGAAACCAAAAGACUAUUGCAGCAACACCAAAUUAAAAACGUUUCCCAUUUUAUGACUUGUUGGAAAGAAUGCUCUGAUGAAGAAAAGGUUCAACUCGUAAGCCAAGUAGGACCUGUGGGGAUAAAGAAAUUAUUUUCAACAGAUCUUCGGUUUGACUUUUUCGAUGAACUGGUUGUUACUCUGGAUAAUCACGACUACACUGAAAUAACCUUCCCAGUCGUUAUUGAAAUCCUCAAAGUUUUGAGUCAGUGCAGAGGGUUUCGACUCGUGACCAGUUUUAUGUCCCCCCAGACCAAACACUGUUGCCAGUCUCUCUUUCAGAAAUUAUCAAGUUCUUGCAUAAAUUCUGAGACUUUGCGAAAACUGUUCGAAUUGUAUUCGUCCUAAACAUAUUAAU